AUGGUCAAAAAAGGCAACGAAACACCAUCUGGUACCAUCGAUCACCGCGAAAAGAUGUUGGAUUGCAACUGUAACUUGAAUCGAGAUUCUAGUGCCAGCAAGGCCAUUAAGACUUGCAGUACGUCCCUUCUCCUGCAAGAGACAGGAAGGUCACGACGAAGCCAAGUUUACCCGCUGUUAUUUGGUUCAAAAGAGAUUCCUAUUUUCUGUCACAUGAGAAAAUUUCGAUGUGGAGGUGGAGAGUGGACCCUGACUAUGAAGAUCGAUGGCACCAAAAGAACAUUUCAUUAUGACUCCCACUUCUGGAGUUACAGAAAUUCAUUAGACCUUCUUCGAGCAAAGACUGGCUUCGACUUACAGGAAACAAAACUGGCGACUUACUGGAACACGUAUUUCUCCAAGGUCUGUCUCGGUAUUAGAAUAGGCCAUCAGAACAGGUUCAUGAUAAUCAACAGGCAUGCAAACUCUCUAUAUUCCCUCAUUGCUGUUGGAAAAUAUCACGCCACCUCAUUGGGUCGUUAUACAUGGAGGAGACUGAUUGGUCCGGACGCCUCCUUACAGCGCAACUGCGAUAUGGAAGGAUUCAAUGCUAAGGUAAACACAGGUAAUUCCAAAGCACGAAUUGGUAUUAUUGCCAACAACGACAAUGAUUGCAACUCAUGCAAUUCCAGAAUUGGAUUUGGUACAGGACUCAAACACUUAAUCGGUUUUGGUACAGAAGGACGCAACACGUGCGGAAAUGAAGCAAUGUACUCGCCUGAUAAUGGAGAAAAACACAUUAGAACCAUGGGAUACAUCCUGGUGCAGUGA